AUGGAGGACCUUUAUGUGGCAAACACCAUCUUUGCCCUCAAUUUCUUCAAGCAUCUGAUGGAAACGACCCCCACCCAGAAUCUCUUCUUCUCCCCAUGGAGCAUCUCGUCCACCAUGGCCAUGAUCUACCUGGGUGCCAGGGGCAACACGGCCGACCAAAUGGCUCAGGUGAGUUCGUGUUGAAGCUUGGCAUUACGGCCACUCCUGCCCUCUACGACUUGCUAUGUUAGUCAUGUGGUAUAUAAAGGGAAUCCUUUCUUUCUGUUUAAGGAACAAGCUGGAAAUGCAAUCCAUUCAUCUUUCCAGUCUCUCAUCUCUGCACUCAAUUCAUCCACUGGAGAUUAUGUCCUGGAGACCAUAAACCAGCUAUUUGGUGAUGAGUCGGCAAAAUUCAAGGAAAAAUACAUGAAAUUCUCUAAGAAAUAUUACUCUACACAACCUCAGGCAGUGAACUUCCUACAAUGUGCAGAGGAAGCUAGAGAAAAAAUCAAUGCCUGGGUCAAGACUCAAACUAAAGGUAAAAUCCCAAACCUGCUACCGGAAGGUUCCGUGGAUGAGGAGACCCGGAUGGUCCUGGUGAAUGCCGUCUACUUCAAAGGAAAAUGGAAAACUCCAUUUCAGAAGACCCUAGAUGGACUUUAUCCUUUCCGUGUGAACGCGAAUGAGCGCAAACCUGUGCAGAUGAUGAUGCUGCACGCAAAGCUGAACAUCGGGUACCUGGAGGACCUCAAGACGCAGAUUCUGGAGCUCCCCUACGCAGGAGGGAUCAGCAUGUUCCUGCUGCUUCCCGAUGAAAUCGCUGAUGAGUCCACGGGCUUGGAGUUGCUGGAAGAUGCGCUGACCUAUGAGAACCUCAGCAAGUGGACCAGCAAAGACACAAUGGGAGAAGAUGACGUUGAGGUGUACAUACCCAAGUUCAAGUUGGAAGAGCGUUACAAGCUCAAGUCCAUUCUGAAGAACAUGGGCAUGCAUGAUGCCUUCAGCAAAGGCCAGGCCAAUUUCUUAGGGAUGACAGAAGGAAAGGACCUGUUCCUGUCUGAGGUGUACCACCAGGCCACCGUGGAUGUUAAUGAAGAGGGUACCGAAGCGGCUGCUGGCACCGGGGGCGUUAUGACUGGCAGAACUGGCCACGGAGGCCCACAAUUUGUGGCAGACCACCCUUUCCUCUUCUUGAUCAUUUACACAAAGACCCAAAGCAUCCUCUUUGUGGGCAGAUAUGCCUCACCCUAA